AUGGCCAAGUUUGGUAUCCAAGUUAGUAUGGGGCAAUAUAGAAGAGCAAAGAAGUGUGCACUAAAAGUUGUUGAAGGUAGCCUUGUUGAACAUUAUGGUAAGCUGUGGUCAUAUGGUCAUGAGAUUUUAAGGACAAAUCCUGGGUCAACUGUGAAACUAGAUAUGGAGGAUGGUCCAGAUGGAAAGAAAUAUUUUAGCAAGUUCUAUUGUUGUUUUCAAGGAGUUAAACAAGGUUGGAUUGAAGGGUGUAGAAGGGUAAUUGGUCUUGAUGGCUGUUUUCUUAAAGGUGUUUGUAAGGGAGAAUUGCUUUGUGCUAUUGGGAGGGAUGCAAAUGACAAGAUAUAUCCUAUUGCUUGGGCAGUGGUUAAUGUGGAGAACAAGCAGAAUUGGAAGUGGUUUUUAGAGCUUCUCAUUGAUGAUCUAAACUUAAAUUUAGGCAAUGGUUUCAGUUUAAUGUCAGACCAACAUAAGGGUUUGAUAGAGGCUGUUAAAGAGUUGAUUCCAUAUGUAAAGCACAGGCAGUGUGCUAGACAUAUUUGCCAGAAUUUGCAAAAGAGAUUUACUGGUGCCAUAUAUCAUACCUUGUUUUGGAGAGCAUCUAAAGCCACAACUGGGCAUGCUUUUAAAGUUGUGAUGAAAGAAAUUGAGACAUUGAACCCAUAUGCCCAUCAAUAUCUCAUGGAGAAAGAUCCUAAGACAUAG